CGCCAGCAAGGGUGCGUCACUUCCGGCCAGGUUGAAAGAUGGCGGCGCACGCGAUGCUGGUCUGUGGGGGACGGAGUGGGGCUGCUGGCUUCCGGGGCUGCCUCUCCAGCUACCUGCUGGGCGUCUUGGGGACGUUAUCCCCGCCCAGCCCAGCCUCCCGCCUCUGCCCCCUCCUGCUGCGCAGCCUCGCUGUCGAGGCCAAGAAAACCUAUGUGCGGGACAAGCCCCAUGUCAACGUGGGCACCAUCGGGCACGUGGACCAUGGCAAGACCACGCUGACAGCUGCCAUCACCAAAAUCCUAGCUGAGGCUGGAGGUGCCAAGUUCAAGAAGUACGAGGAGAUUGACAACGCACCGGAGGAGAAGGCUCGUGGCAUCACCAUCAACGCCUCCCAUGUGGAGUAUGCCACCGCCAACCGGCACUACGCCCACACUGACUGCCCCGGCCACGCCGACUACGUCAAGAACAUGAUCACUGGCACCGCUCCCCUAGACGGCUGCAUCCUCGUGGUGGCAGCAACAGAUGGGCAGAUGCCACAGACCCGAGAGCACUUGCUGCUGGCCAAACAGAUCGGGGUGCAGCACAUCGUGGUGUACAUCAACAAGGCGGACGCGGUGGAGGACCAGGAGAUGCUGGAGCUGGUGGAGCUGGAGAUCCGGGAGCUGCUCUCUGAGUUUGGCUACGAUGGGGAGAAGACGCCUGUCAUUGUGGGUUCUGCCCUCUGCGCCCUGGAACACCGCAGCCCCGAACUGGGACUGAACUCCAUCCUGAAGCUGCUGGACGCGGUCGAUACGCACAUCCCGCUGCCUGCGCGGGAGCUAGACAAGCCAUUCCUGCUGCCCAUCGAGUCAAUCUACUCCAUCCCAGGGCGUGGGACAGUGGUGACAGGGACGCUGGAGCGUGGCAUCGUCAGGAAGGGGGAGGAGUGCGAGUUCGUGGGGCACAACCGGAACCUGCGCUCCGUGGUGACAGGCAUCGAGAUGUUCCACCAGAACCUGGAGCGGGCCGAGGCCGGAGACAACCUUGGGGCGCUGGUGCGGGGGCUGAAGCGGGAGGACGUGCGGCGUGGCAUGGUGAUGUGCAAGCCGGGCUCCAUCAAGCCCCAUCAGAAGAUCGAGGCCCAGGUGUACAUCCUCAGCAAGGAGGAGGGUGGGCGGCACAAGCCUUUCGUCUCUAACUACAUGCCUGUCAUGUUCUCCCUUACCUGGGACAUGGCCUGUCGGACCAUCCUGCCCCCUGGAAAGGAGAUGGUGAUGCCCGGUGAGGACACAGCCCUGACCCUCACCCUGCGGCAGCCCAUGGUGCUGGAAGAAGGUCAGCGCUUCACCCUGCGCGAUGGCAACCGCACCAUUGGCACCGGUGUGGUCACCAAAACGUUGGAGAUGGGGCCAGACAAUGACAAGUGGGGGGCUUAAAGGCUGGGCCGGCUCUGCCCCCAGGCCUGUGUCUGCAAACUGGGGGCAGUGCUAGUUCUGUCUGGUGUCCCCCUCUGUGGUGGUGCGGAGGUGCCCUAAGAACUUGUUUAUCGCUGCUGCCCCCGGCGGCAUCAUGGUCAGCCAGUGUGGGGUGCAAACUGCCUGUUGUAUGAACUGCUCGGCCAUGGGGCAUCAGAAAUUGAACUGCCCUUCUGUGGUGGCUCUCCUGCCCAGAGCCCCUCCAGUAGGGGGCGAGAAGGGGCUUAUACAGCUUCCUGCUGUUUGGUUUCUUUUGUUAAUAAAGGUGCGAAUCAUG